GGGGAAAGUUUGAGGUAGUUGGACUCUUUUUGGACUCUCCCUCUGGAUACAUCUUGCAGUCCCCACCGGCAGAUGGAAGAUUUGGCCACCGGAAGCCUGCUGCUGUGCCAUUUGAGAGCCACACUCAGCUCUGGCUGAGGAAUCACGUCCACUUUUCACUCCAGAUCGUCCCGUCUUCCAGGGGACAAGGAAGGCAAAUGGCUGUGAUGGAGCCAGUUCAGAUGCCGGUGACCUUCGAGGAGGUGGCUGUGUAUUUCACCGAGGGGCAGGGGGCUCUGCUGGACCCCGCUCAGAAAGCCCUUUACAGGGACGUCAUGCAGGAGAAUUAUGAGACAGUGACCUCGCUGGGAUUCCCCAUUCCCAAACCUGACUUGAUUGCCCAGCUGGAAAGAGGGGAAGAGCCGUGGGUCCCGGAUCUCCAAGCCACUGAGAAAAGAGAGAUCCCGAGAGGCACCUGCACAGCAGGUGAUAGGACAGUGAGUGAGAACAAGGAGCAGAAUCCGCAUCAGGAAGGGCCUGAGCAAGUGGAACCCCAGGAGAUGUUUUUGAGAAGAGCCGAAGGGAAUUUUUCCCAGGGCUUGGAGCAGGGAAAUGCCUGGGAAGAUCGAGACAGAUCAGAGAUGCAGCUGGGAAACUAUCCCGGGAAGAAACUGGAUGAAUCCACUGAACAUGGCGGAGGAUGCAAGGAUCCCAAGGAAACCUCAGUCCAGCAAUCAAGUCACAAUGAAGAGAAACCCUACAAAUGCCUUGACUGUGGGAAAAGAUUCCGUUUCAGUGCAAACCUUGUUAAACAUUGGAGAACCCACACAGGAGAGAAGUCCUAUGAAUGCUUGGACUGUGGGAAAAGGUUCAGUGAGAAGUCACACUUUAUUACACACCAGAGACUGCACACAGGAGAGAGACCCUAUGAAUGCCUGGAGUGCGGGAAAAAAUUUAAUGAGACGUCACAUCUUAUGUCACAUCACAGAACCCACACAGGAGAGAAGCCCUAUAAAUGCUUAGACUGUGGGAAAAGCUUCAGUAGGAAGCCUUAUCUUAUUAAACACCAGAGAUUGCACACAGGAGAGAGACCCUAUAAAUGCCUCGAGUGUGGGAAGGGUUUUAUCGAAAGUUCAUCCCUUACUAAACAUGAAAGAAUCCACACAGGAGAAAGACCCUAUACAUGCCUUGAAUGUGGGAAAAGCUUCAUUCAGAAGUCAGAACUUAUUAUACACCAGAGACUGCACACUGGAGAGAGACCUUAUAAAUGCCUUGAGUGUGGGAAUGAUUUCAGUAGUCGCUCCCGCCUUAUUAAGCAUCAGAAAAUCCACACAGGUGACAAACCCUAUAAAUGCCUCGAUUGUGGGAAAAGUUUUGUUGACAGAACAAAACUUACCACUCAUCAGAGAAUCCACACAGGAGAGAGACCCCAUAAAUGUUUAGACUGUGGGAAAAGCUUCAUUGAGAAGUCACAACUUAUUCUACACCAGAGACUGCACACAGGAGAGAGACCCUUUCAAUGCUGUGAAUGUGGGAAAAGUUUUAUUCGGAGCUCAGCGCUUAUUACACAUCAGAGAACCCACACAGGAGAGAGACCUUAUAAAUGCCUUGAGUGUGGGAAAGAUUAUAGUGAGAGCUCAAAGCUUAUUACACAUCAGAGAACCCACACAGGAGAAAGACCAUACAAAUGCUUGGACUGUGGGAAAACUUUCAGUCAGCGCUCACAUCUUACUAAACAUGGGAGAAUGCACAUGGGAGAGACACCUUAUAAAUGCCUUGACUGUGGGGAAAGGUUCAGUAAGAGCUCAGAGCUCACCAAACAUCAGAGAAUACACAAGGGUGACCCAGGAGCGGCUGGGGGGGAGGAUCGCGGGGCUCAGGCCCGGCCGCAGGAAGUGACUCGCAGCCGCUGCGGGGACUCUGGCUCCCGGCGAGAUCCCCGCGCCCCGGCGGCUGGUGCUGGGAGCCCGGAGCCCGGGCUGCAGCCGGGAGCGGGGAACCUCCAGCCGGGCCCUGCCCGCUGCUCCCCGGGAGCCUCCCCCAGGGCAGAGCCCCCAGCCCGGCCAGGGCCCCUUCCCGGCCCGGCCCCUGCCCCGGGGGCCCCGCUCGGAGGGAAGGCUGAGGAUCCCGUCCACAUUUUGCCCCAGAUCGUCCUGUCUUCCAGGGGACAGGGAAGGGAAAUGGCUGUGAUGGAGCCAGCUCAGAUGCCGGUGACCUUCGAGGAGGUGGCUGUGUAUUUCACUGAGGGGCAGGGGGCUCUGCUGGACCCCGCUCAGAGAGCCCUCUACAGGGACGUCAUGCAGGAGAACUAUGAGACGGUGACCUCGCUGGGAUUCCCCAUUCCCAAACCUGACCUGAUCGCCCGGCUGGAACAAGGGGAAGAGCCGUGGGACCCGGACCUCCAGACCGCCAAGAAAAAGGAGAGCCCGAGAGGCACCCGCACAGCAGGUGAUCGGACAGUGAGUGAGAACAAGGAGGAGACUCAGCAGCAGGAAGGUCCUGGGAAAGUGGAACCGCAGGAGAUGUUUUUGAGAAGAGCCGAAGGGAAUUUUUCCCAGUGCUUGGAGCAGGGAAAUGCCUGGGGAGAUCGAGACAGAUCAGAGAUGCAGCUGGGAAACUAUCCCGGGAAGAAACUGGAUGAAUCCAUUCAACAUGGCGGAGGAUGUCAGGAUCCCAAGGAAACCACAGACCUGCAGACAAGUCACAAUAAAGAGAAACCCUACAAUUGUCUUGACUGUGGGGAAAGUUUUAGCAAAAGUUCAUCCCUUAUUCAACAUGGGCGAAUCCACAAGGGAGAGAGACCCUAUAAAUGCAUCGAGUGUGGGAAAGGUUUUAUUGAAAGUUCAUCCCUUACUAAACAUGAAAGAAUCCACAGAGGAGAAAGACCAUAUAAAUGCCCUGAGUGUGGGAAAAGUUUCAGUGUGAAAUCAACCCUUAAUACACAUCAGAAAACCCACACGGGAGAGAAACCCCAUAAAUGCUUGGACUGUGGGAAAACUUUUGGUCAGAACUCAUACCUUAUUGAACAUAGGAGAAUCCACACGGGAGAGAGACCGUAUAAAUGCCUUUACUGUGGGAAAACUUUUAGUCAGCGCUCACACCUUAUUAAGCAUCAGAGAAUCCAUACAGGUGACAAACCUUAUAAAUGCCUCAAUUGUGGGCAAAGUUUUGUUGACAGAACAAAACUUAAUAAUCAUCAGAGAAUCCACACAGGAGAGAAACCCCAUAAAUGCCUGGACUGUGGGAAAAGCUUCAUUCAGAAGUCACAACUCAUUAUACACCAGAGAGUGCACACAGGAGACAGACCGUAUAAAUGCCUUGAGUGUGGGAAAAGUUUUAGUCAGAGCUCAAAGCUUAUUACUCAUCAGCGAACCCACACAGGAGAAAGACCUUAUAGAUGCCUUGAGUGUGGAAAAAGUUUUAUGGAAAGUUCAUCCCUUAUUCGACAUGGGCGAAUCCAUACUGGAGAAAGAGCCUAUAAAUGCCUUGAGUGUGAGAAAAAUUUUACGGAAAAUCGAUCCCUCAUUAAACAUAGGAGAAUACACACGGGAGAAAGACCCUAUAAAUGCCUUGAAUGUGGGAAAGGUUUUAUUGAAAGUUCAUCCCUUACUAAACAUGGAAGAAUCCACACGGGAGAAAGACCCUAUAAAUGUCUUGAGUGUGGGAAAAGUUUCAGUGUGAAAUCAGCCCUUAAUAUACAUCAGAAAACCCACACAGGAGAGAAACCCCAUAAAUGCUUGGACUGUGGGAAAACUUUCAGUCAGAUCUCCUACCUUAUUAAACAUGGGAGAACCCACACGGUAGAGAGACCAUAUAAAUGCCUGGACUGUGGGAAAACCUUCAGUCAGCGUUCAUACCUUAUUAAACAUGGGAGAAUCCACACAGGAGAAAGACCCUAUAAAUGCCUUGACUGUGAGAAAGUUUUCAAUGAGCGAUCAGCCCUUAUUAGACAUGAGAGAACUCACAUGGAAGAGAAACCCCAUAAAUGCUUGGACUGUGGGAAAAGUUUUAUUCAGACAUCACAACUUAUUAUACACCAGAGAGUGCACACAGGAGAGAGACCCUUUAAAUGCUGUGAGUGUGGGGAAAGUUUUAUUCAGAACUCAAAGCUUAUUACACAUCAGCAAAUCCACACAGGAGAGAGACCUUACAAAUGCCUCGAGUGUGGGAAAGGUUUUAGUCAGAGUUCAACGCUGAUUACACAUCAGAGAACCCACACAGGAGAGAGACCCUAUGGAUGCCUUGAGUGUGGGAAAAAUUUUAUCGCAAGUUCAGCCCUUACUAAACAUAGGAGAACUCACACAGGAGAAAGACCCUAUAAAUGCCUUGAAUGUGGGAAAAGUUUCAGUGUGAAAUCAGCCCUUAAUAUCCAUCAGAAAACCCACACAGGAGAGAAACCCCAUACAUGCUUGGACUGUGGGAAAAGUUUUAGUCAGCGUUCACACCUUAGUAAACAUGGGAAAAUCCACACGGGAGAGAGAUCUUCGAAACACCUUGAUUGUGCAGAAAGCUUCAAUAAGAGUUCAGAGCUUACCAAACAUGAGAGCAUCCACAAGAGUGAGAGACCCUAGAAACAGCUUGACUGCAGGAAAAGAUUCAAUUUGACUUCACACAUCAGUGAUCCACACAACAGCGAGACCUCGAAUGUGGGGGAAGCUUCAUUUGGUGCUCCCAGAGUAUCAAGCAUUCACAAAUCUACAUACGGUAGAAACCUCUGAGAUGUCCUCAUUGUGGAAAAGAUGCCAAGAGGAGCUAACUCCAUACUGUACAUCAGAGACUCCUCUGAACAACAUAGAAACAGUGCCUUGAUGAAGUGUGACCAUAGUGAAAAAUCCAUUCCCUUGCUCCCACACACAUCAGGGGCAUUUGGCUCCCAAUUAUCCAGCUGCCCAUUGCAGGAGUGAGGAUAAAGCAGUAGCCGAGCAUUUGCUGGUCAGUGACCCUCUGGCUCUGCCUGGUCUAAGCAAACCCCAGGCAGAGGAGGAGAAGCCCCCAUCAUCCCCUCCUGAAGUCCUGGCAGCUGAGCGAUGGGCCAUAGGUGGGGGAAUAGAGAGAAAGAAACUCCUCCAGCCGCUCCCUCUGCCUGGCUGAAGUCCCCCCCUCCCAGCCGGGAUCCCUCUGCCAUGGAGAUGAGGAGAAGGACACUGGUGCCAGGCCCCACCUUCACUCUAGACACCUGUCCCCGUCUUCCACCAGUCCCAGGGCUGGGCUCCCCACUUAACUGGAGCUACGGGGGGAACUGCAGGGGAGUGUCCCUUGGGGCUGGUACUCCUCCCCUCCCCUCCCCUCAUCCCCCAGGGUGCUGGACUCUGGGGAAUCAACCAUUAAGGAACCAGGCCAAUGGGUAAUGGGGAGGACACUGGGUGUUGAAUGGUUGGGGCUGGUGGCGCUGGGAAGCAGGGGCAGCUGGGUGCUGGGACUAUCGAGUGUUUGGGGAACAUGGGAUAAGAGGAGAGGGAGAGCACGAGGCAGAGAUAUGCUGCCUCUCAUCACUCCCUGCCCCUUCUCCCUACCCCCUCUGCAUUCAGACAGCACCACUGAGCGGGGUGAUUCCCACAGGGCCUUUUGUGGGUGGCCUGGAGAUCCCACCUCUGCUUCCGCAGCAUCAGCCUCUAAGCGUGUCUAUGGUAGGAAAUGUGGUCAGGAUUAGACAGCACAUCUUUGUGACCCUGCACCAGAUUUCCUAGUGUAAACUCUCUCUCUCAGCAUCUUAUGUGUAAGGCUAAGAUUUGUCUUGGAUAUUUUUAGUAAAGGUUGUGGACAGAUCAGGGGCAAUAAAGAAAAAUUCAUGGAAACCCGUGACCUGACUGUGACUUCUACUGAUAAUCUCCGUGACAAAAUGGGGAAGGAGAAGGCUCCAGCACCUAUUGCUGCUGGGGCUCUGGGUCCCCUGUGGCUGGGCAGCUGUGGGGGCUCUGACUGCUGCUCUGGGGGCUCCCCACCCCCUGUGUUUCAGAGCUCUGGGGGCCCUUCGACGCCCGUGGCAGCUGGGAGGUGCUGGGCCCCAUCGCCCGUGGCAACUCAGAGCUCUGGGGGCCACCUGUGGGGUACUCUCACGGCCUGCAGCAGCUCAGAGCUCCAGGGGGUAGCUCUUGGCUGCCACAGGUGACGAGGGGACCCUGCAGCUCCAAGUUGCCAUGGGCUGAAGUCACAGAGGUCUCUGGAAGUCACAGAUUCUGUGACCUCUGUAAUAAAAUCAUACCCUUACUUAUCUGUUCUGACCCCCUCCCAUUCACAGAGUGAUCAUUAGUUCCUUAGUUCCCCUUUGGGGCCUGAUUGUCUCAUUCCCAGAUAAUCUCACAUUACUCCAGGCCGUGCAUUUCAUGUUUGUACAUUUUCUCCCUUAUGCACCAGAUGCUAAAAAAUGGGGAGCAGGGACAGUAAAAUGUGGUGUUUUAUCUUCUGUGCUAUUUUGGGGCGAUAGGGUGAGUCCGAGGGAUUCCCUCCUUCCCCCAUCACUGUCGCACUCAACUCUCGACACAGCAGCCUCUGCCUCAGCAGUGCAGAGUUUUAUCCUGUCCCCGUUCUACCCUUCCACCUCCUAAGGUGUUGCUAACCACUGUGUCCCUGGCUCUCCACGCUUAGGAAUCACAGUUUUGAUGUCUAUGAUCCCAAGUCAGACCCUGGAGGGCUGGAGAAGAAAGUGUCACAGACCUGGCGUGGGCAGGGAACUCCCAAUGAACCUUAAAGCACAGUUUGAACUUUCAGAUCUUAUAGCCCUGUAAAAUUUCCAUCUAUUGGUAAAAUUGCUUCCUGGCUUUUGCUAGGCUAGUCCAGAUCAUUUGUAGAUGGGAAUGUUUUUUUGCCUUUCUUUCUCUUUCUUUUAUUAUGAUGAUGCUAAAACUUUUGCUACUAAUACAACCAAAUAAUGAGGCAAGAAAUGAAGCUGGUUUAGUCACUUCAGAAGAAAAUGGGUAAAUUUAUUUUCCUGAUUUUGAGUCUUAAAUGAUUCUCUGAGAUUUCACUUUAUGAACAUGACAGUGUUUUAUAGCUCACCCUGGAUUGUGGGUGAAGGCCGUUUGGUCACAUACUUUGAUAUUAGUUUAGUUUGACAGAAUGUAGGUCAGAUUCAUUGAUGACUUCACAAGACAAAUGAUUGUUUGCCAGAAUCGUCCUUUUUUUAGAUUUUAUUUUGAUCUUUAUCUAACCCUUUGUCAUGAGAUUUUUUUGUGUGGUUUGAACAAUGACAGUGAUCAGUAUCUCUCAGCACAAACACUGAUGGUGCAGAUACAUUCACAGUGAGCCCAAAAUGGGGAAUGAAGUUACUGCCUGAUCCCUGCAGAGAGGUGAGGUACUGCCCGGAGGAGGAGAAAGGGUGGGACUCAGAGCUGGGAACUGCUGGGUUUGGUCCUCAGAGCCAGACGGCUGAGGCUGAGAACUGUGAACUCGCUGCAUUAGAGCCAGAGAGCAACUAGACUUGGCCAGUGAGUUUCUUGUGAAGCUGCCCCUGAAAUCUAAAGAACCAUGAACGACACCCCAAAAAAGAAUGAUGCGGGAGGGGCAGCAUCUCCCUAUUGCUGAAAUGCCAAGGUUGGGCGCAGGCAAGAAGGGAGCCGGGGAUGUCAACAGACCUGGGCAGCCUUGAAGCCAGGCCGACCCCCUCACUGAGGCCAGAGGGAGAUGAGGAACCUGACAGCCCAGCUGAUCACCCCCCUCCCCAUCUACCACAGUGUCCUGUGUUGAGAUGACAGAGACUCUCUUUGCCCCAUUCGCCCCACGCUGCAUCCCUCUUAUGACUAACGUCCUGUGUCCCAUGUUCACCGCUUGAGUAUGGUUCUGAUAUAUUGUGUACAACAUAUGCCUGGUGAGGGAUCACUGGAAAACUUGUUUAAUCCAUGCUGUUCUCAAGCUGGGGCUUCCUUUGACUGGCAACAUUGAUUCCCUCCCGCCCCCAGCUGAGCGGGAGUCCCACCCCCGGCUGCGGCGGCUGGGGAGCCCGCAGGGACUGGGGCGCCGUGGGGGAUUCCCCCCAGAUGUAGGUUUCAGAGUAGCAGCCGUGUUAGUCUGUAUUCGCAAAAAGAAAAGGAGGACUUGUGGCACCUUAGAGACUAACCAAUUUAUUUGAGCAUGAGCUUUCGUGAGCUACAGCUCACUUCAUCGGAUGUGGCUUCCGGCUGGGUGUGGCAAGGGAGCACCCGUCGGCCGCUGCCGGAGCUUCUUCCCUGCAGAAGCCGCAGCACUGCGUUCCUGCCCAGGUUCGGGAGCGGGCGAUGGGCAGUUUUCUGCUGACUCCUUUUCAGGAUCAGAGGAGGGAGCCUAGCAGCAGUUCAAGGCAGUGAGCCCAGCAGUCCGAACGUCUCCCUGUCCCUUUAAGCACUUUUCAAGGGUAAGAAGAAGGCAACGACACCCGCAUUGCAGCCUGUGGUUCGGGCAAAGAGCCGCAUCUCAGCUACACUGUGAGUUCAGCGGGCGCAUCUGGGCUGUCCUGUCCCCGCAGCGAGCGCUUUGUUAAAGCACCGUCUGCUGCUGGG